AGAGUAUAACAGCAAGUGGCCGCUCCUUCUUUCUUUAUCGCCUGCUCCAUUUCUCCCACACACAAGCCAAAUAAAGCAGCUCCUCACCUCAAUGGCCGAUAUGAAUGGCACAAAGUCUCCAGUCAACUUGCUUCCAACCAGCGCGAGCAACCCCAACGCCACCUGGGAGCAGGACGCAGCCCGGGGAGUCCAAAUGGCCUUUACUUUGCUCAUCUUCCUGGUCGGCGUAUCCCUGAACGGGCUGGUGGUUUGGGCUCUCGGACUGCGCCACAACCGCUACCUGAUGCGCAGAGGCAGCGGCGGGGAGACGCGCGCCGCCAGCAGCUUCCGCAUCUACGUCCUGAACCUGGCCCUGGCCGACCUGGUGCUGCUGGUGCGCACCCCCCUGAUGUUGGGAUACCUGGCCAACAGAAACAGCUGGCCCUUCGGAACCGUCAUGUGCCACCUGACCAUGUUCCUGCGCGUGCUGGGGCUGUACGCCUCCGCCUUCCUCAUCUGCGCCGUGGCCCUGGAGCGCUGCCUGUGUCUGCUGAGGCCCGUGUGGGCUCGCCUGCGACGCCCCCCCUGGGCCGUCCCCCUGGCCUGCGGCGUCUUGUGGCUGAUGGCCACCGUCUUCUCCGCGCCGUACCUGUACCACGCCACCCUGGUCAACGCGACGGGCUUGCAGUGCAAGGAGAGCGGCACGUUUAACAUCGGGCUGGUCGUGACGGAGACGGUGGCGGGGUUCAUCUUGCCCCUGCUGGUGUUCUUGGGCAGCAACGUGGCCGUGUUGCUCACCAUCAGGAACGCGGUGCCGCUGACGCCCACCUCCUCGGGCCCUUCCACGGGCCGCAGGAUGACCCGGAUGUACCACUUGAUGUUCCUCACCAUGCUCCUCUUCCUCGCCUUCUGGGUGCCGUAUUUCGUGUGUCGGUUCCUGGUGGCUGUGGCUCAGGGACAACCAGGCCGGCAAGCGCUGUCUGUAGGAGCAUUUAAAGGCACUUACAUUUCUCUGUACCUGGUGUACGUCAAGUGUGCUCUGAACCCGGUGCUGUAUGUGUUUGCGGCGCGAGGAUUAGGCCACGCGAUCAGGGCUUCACUCGUCUCCACUAUUGAGAAACUCUUCAACGACGACUCGUCAGAGUCCAUACGGAGGAAGUCCCUCAAGAACUCUCUGAAAAACUCACAAAUAUAAUUCAGAGAAAAAAAAAGGUUACGCAAGUAACUACGGUUCUAUGAAUUCCUGUAAAAAAACAAAAAACAGAAAUGCCUAGAACCAUUUUUGAAAGAAUGUGAAAUCUCUUAAAUAUAACUUUUAGCUGGUUCAUCCAUUUGCUCGUAUUUGCCCAAAAAGUGAGCUGCGUUCAUAAAACAGGCAGACUUGAGUUACUGCAAAGCAAAGUUUA